AUGCUGCUAUCGUUGUACACGGCUCUUGAGGCCACAGGGCUGCAGGGCAAGGUGCAUUCCUCGUUGCCCCCGGCCAGCGAGGAAUGGGUAGGCAUGAAUGCUGAGCAGGAAUCCGAGAUCGGCAUCUUUGCUCUUCAGUCGCAUGUUGUAGCGACCGAAGGUGGUUCGGCCCAAUGGAAGGGACUGAAGUCUCGAGUAUAG